GGUCGAAUUGAUCGUUUACUGGCAUUUCUUCACCAGCAUAUAGUGUAUAAUAUCGGCUCGUGUAAUAUUAGAGCUGGCGCCUGGAACAAUGCCAAGCGUGGGCGUAUUGCUGCUCGUUUCCGUGUUAUGUCUACCGGUGGCACUAGUGAAUGGUGUUUCGAUUUUCCCAACCGAUCAAUUGGUGAUCAGGGAAGGUGCCGGAUUUCUAGUUCACCUGAUUUCAGAUCAGCUUGGCGAUCCGGUGCGAUGGAUCCACUGCUCGGUGACCGUUGGCGGGGCCUCGUACAGUUUGGACAGUGAUCAAAUACACGUGAUUAAUGGACUGACUAAGGUGCAACGGUUUGGUGUAGAUGCUUGUGGAAUUCGAGUGCAAAAUGUACGCAAAUCACUGGAUUUGUGGACUUUGUCAGCGUUGGAUUCUGAUUCGAAGAGUUUUGAGAAGCAAUUAAAAGUAGAAGUGUCAAUCCCCAAACAGAUUAGCACGCUGAAUGUCACCAUCAGUGAUACGGUUCGCUCGUAUACGGUCACUUGUCCCGAAGACAGUUCACGCCGAUUCUGUCGCAUAAUGGACGAGGCAGACGGUAUCUACGACGGUUGUUCAAAGUCGUUCGAAAUUACUUGGAAAACGGCUCAGUUUCGCUGCCGAAUGCUCUACUGGGGCGAUAUGGACGAAACGGAGACUGUGAUCAACGUGCUGGUGGAGAAAAGUAAGCGCGAUGUGACAUGGUCAAUUGAGGAAAAUGAUUCACACGUCGUAUUGACCUGUCACUAUCGAUCGAAGGUCAGUCCCUGUCGAGCGGUGUCCUUGGCAAGUCGAAGACAGAUGAUGCUUUUGGAUGCACACCUGGCAGAUCGUUAUUCAGCUUAUAACACCAAAGUAUCGUUAGGAAUUUGUGCCUUGGAGAUAAAGAAGCCUCUCCUCAAGGAGGACUACGGUAUAUGGCGCAUCUAUCUACCUCUCUCCGCUAGCGAAUACACCGGUUGUGUGUUCAAUGUGGAAUCACAGCACGACGAACUCGCCGACGAAAAUGACUUGCUUGUGCCACCACCGACAAAAUUGAUAGAGGUGUUUCAUGAUCCACGGUCCGCUAGUACGACGAUGACCGAGCUAAGCUGUGAAACCAGCCAUCCGAUCGAUUAUUGCUACCUUACGGGUCCUCAGGGUGGAAACUAUGCCCCAGAUUCGUUUGACCGGUUGAAAACGUUGGGAUUUUGCCAGUUCCAAGUUUCAAACAUAACGAGUGGAUUGUGGGCUUGCGGCUUCAACGAUGCUAACGGUGGCGAGGAUCGGAUGAGCUAUUUCGAUGUAAAAGUUUACGGCCAGCCGGGCAAAGCGAUUCCUUCUCAGAUUAAGGCAAGCAAGGGUGACGAGAGCAAGAGGAUGUUGUGUAAGACUAUCUUGGAGCUUCCGAUUGAGAUAUGUAGAUUUGUAAGUCCUUCUGGGGGGGUUCACGGUUUGUCGGAAAAUGUUGUGCCAGGGGAUGGGUCAAGGUUCAGGUACUAUGGAGAAGGACUACGAGCUGGAGAAUGCGGCAUGGAAAUCACAGAGGUGGAGAGAGAAGAUUUUGGCUGGUGGACAUGUGCGAUCAAAGUUCAAGGGAAAGAUUACACGAUCGGAAUGGAAUUGAUUGAAGAAGUUAUAAGCCUGACAGCGAUCGUGGCCAUUUCUGUCACCGUAACCAUAGUUGUGUGCGCUGUAGGAGGCUUCUUCGCGUACAAGAAGUUCAACAGACGACGUUCGCUUUACCAGCCCGGCAUAGGGCUUUCAACGGGUGGUUUGUCUCAGACUUCGAACGGCGGCUAGACGGGAUGUUUUUCGACGUGCCUUACCAAAGAUUGUGUAAUGAAGCACUAGAUGAUUUAAAAUGUGUGUACCCACCUAAAUAGUUGGGAUGUUGAAAAGCUU